GAGCAGCAAGCCUGGCUGGUGAGCAGGGCAUCGGGCCCCUGGUAAAGCUGUCUGCAAGGAGAGCAAGAGGAAUCAACAUCAUCGGCGCGGCGCGGCCAUUCCAGCAGCAGCAACAUGGCAUUCAUCUGCAGCAGCCUGCCUAGCUGCUGACCAACCAUUUUUGCUCCUUGUCCCGGCGAGAGAAGGUCGGUGUCAGCGGGGGCCGCCGCCGACGAGUCGCAGGGCAGCUCCAAAUGACGAGUUGAGAGGCUGCCAAGGCCCCGGGUGCAGCGCGAUCGGGUUGUUCCUUUCUCUUCUCCUUUGCUUCUCUUGAUCACCACUGCCUUGCAACGCACGCGACCACGGUGGCUGCUGUCGUCGUCGUCAUCGCCCAACAAUAAUGUCUCCACCUGGAAGACGGCGAUACUAUAUUUGGCCUGUCCGAAUCGCCUUACUCGUUGUCUGCCUCUCACUUCCACAUGAAUCUCACCAAGGGCCUCACGAAAAGAGACUGCUACACCAAUUGCUAGACCACUACAACGUGCUGGAAAGACCUGUGGCCAACGAGUCGGACCCGCUGCAACUAAGUUUUGGCCUCACGCUCAUGCAAAUCAUUGACGUGGACGAAAAAAACCAAAUGCUUACCUCGAACGCUUGGUUAAAUUUGGAGUGGAAUGAUGUCAACUUGAGGUGGAACUCGUCCGAGUAUGGCGGCGUCAAGGACCUUCGGAUCCCUCCUCACCGCAUCUGGAAACCUGACGUGCUCAUGUACAACAGUGCGGAUGAGGGUUUCGACGGGACCUAUCCCACUAAUGUGGUGGUCAGAAAUAACGGUAGCUGCUUGUACAUUCCGCCGGGCAUCUUCAAGAGCACAUGCAAGAUAGACAUUACUUGGUUCCCCUUUGACGACCAGCGGUGCGAUAUGAAGUUUGGCAGCUGGACUUACGAUGGAUUUCAGCUUGAUUUACAGCUACAAGAGGACACAGGCGGCGACAUUAGCAGUUUUAUCACCAACGGUGAAUGGGAUUUACUAGGUGUUCCCGGCCAAAGGAACGAAAUUUACUACAAUUGCUGUCCUGAGCCGUACAUUGAUAUUACAUUUACCAUUAUCAUUCGCCGGCGGACUCUGUACUACUUUUUCAACCUCAUAGUGCCGUGUGUGCUGAUCGCCUCGAUGGCAGUGCUUGGCUUUACGCUGCCACCAGACUCUGGCGAAAAACUCUCCUUAGGAGUAACCAUUCUUCUAAGCCUGACUGUGUUUCUAAACAUGGUUGCCGAGACAAUGCCUGCAACCUCCGAUGCAGUUCCUUUAUUAGGCGUUACAAUUCUACUCUCAUUGACGGUAUUCCAUAAUUUGGUUGCUGAAACCCUGCCACAAGUAUCCGACGCAAUGCCUGUGUUAGGUACAUAUUUUAACUGCAUCAUGUUCAUGGUGGCAUCAUCAGUGGUUUCUACUAUACUCAUCCUGAAUUAUCAUCACCGAAAUGCUGACACUCACGAAAUGUCAACUUGGGUGAGACUGAUAUUCCUGCACUGGAUGCCAUGUUUAUUAAGGAUGAGUAGACCUAGCGGCGAGCCCGAACCGCGUAAAACGCUACAACUGAGAGAGCUUGAACUGAAGGAGCGAUCCUCCAAGAGUCUUCUAGCCAAUGUGUUGGAUAUCGACGAUGAUUUUCGCCACACAGGAACAUUACAAUCUUCAAGCACCACGGGCUUCCUUAGGGUAUCGGGGGGUGGCGGGGGGCACGAUGAACCGCAAAUUGUGCACAACUGUAUUGGGUCCCACCGAGAACUUUCGCUCAUUCUCAAAGAGAUUCGCGUUAUCACAGAGAGAUACAGAAAGGAAGAGGAGGCGGCCGAAGUGACCAAUGAUUGGAAGUUCGCCGCUAUGGUUGUAGAUAGACUCUGCUUGAUAAUUUUUACCCUGUUCACCAUAAUUGCAACGAUAGCAGUGCUAUUCUCAGCGCCACAUAUUAUAGUUACAUAAGGAAGAGACUUACUAAUUUGUAGCAGCGAUUGCAAAACUAAAGCAGAAAAAAACAUACGAGAGAAUUGGAAAAUUGGACACCCGCGCGCAAGCAACCACACACAGUUGACACACACACAUACACACACACACUUGACACACAACAAAAAACGAACGCAAUUUUCGUAAAGUAAAGAUGCAAGAAGAGACAAGAGGAAUUGUAAUCAGAUAUCUUUCAAUUUAUAAAAUUAACGAUAAAAUUAACAUUUUAAAGUGAAACAGCAGCUUAGAAGACGAUGAAAAAGACGCUACACUCGAGAUAACACACGCGAUUACGAGAGACGAGUCUUUUUGUUUCGUUUGUAUCUAUCACUUGUAGAGAGUGUAUUUUUAUCGCUUGGAUGAUGAUUCAAAACCAACAUGAAUGCUCCAAAACACGGGUGUAAAUACGCAUACACACAAAAUGUGCGCUCGCGGCGCCGCAUUACAGUUCUCGCUCAGGCGCGCGUGCAUCAACAAUAAUUGAUGAUUUCCAAAGAUACAUGAUGAGUAAACUUGCUUUAAGAUGGACACAGCUAAAAAAAUGAAGUACUUUUCUAGCGGAAAAAAUAUAAAACAAACGGUUUGUUGAGAUGCUAACACAGUUUUAGAGCUGCGGAGAUUUUAAAACAAAAAGAAAGUAGCCACAAAGUGGCGCUGUCAGUUUUUCAUGAGGUGUUACUAGAGUUUUUAUAAUUGGUUUCACGCUGCCUUCUUCCUCAAUGAUUAUUUACAAAAGAAUAUUAAGAUGUUGAUAAAAGUAAGCAGGAAAAAAAGAUAAAAAAACUUUACACACACGUUUAAAGAGAAAAAAGCUCGUUGGCUCAAUGAAUGCGAUUUCCCGAAGAGGAACACUGCACCCGAAUGCAUUUAAACUGCUAAAUUGUGACUUGGUGUUAAACAAUCAAUCUAACAAAUCUAAACGAAAAUGCGGAAUCCAUCUUGCAGCCACCACUGCGAAGUUUAUCCCUGCCACGGAGUCGCAGACACGCACGCGCCUGGCAGCUUUUAAAAAAUAAAUCAUAAACACAUGUAAUUAAACUAAACGGAAAUUGAGUUUAGUCAGUUGAAUACACGCAACUUCAGAACAAUCUCCAUUUAUAUACUUAAAUAAAAAGAGCGAUAACUUAAACAGCAGGAGGUGCUAAGUAUGCGAGAUGCUUUUAGCAACUCCUGCUAACCUAAACUUGCCGAAUAGUGUUAAUGAUUAAAGUCAUCGUAAGAUGCUACUCUUAAACUUAAAAUGUGAACACCUAAACGAGAGUUUGUUACGUCAAAUUGAACACUUAAAUCAAGGGCCAGGACCCGUUUAAAAGAAUUAAAAAGUGCAUUGUGAUAGAAUAUUAUAUAAUACGGAUAAUGAAAAGUCAUUUAUUAACAUUUGUUGAGAACGCUGUACCAUAAACAACUAAUUUCUUGAUCACGCUUCGAUUGUUCCCCCUCGUAAAAAAUCCACAUUCACACACAAACACAUACACACACACCCGCUACGAUAGGAAAGUGAUGCCGAUUAUUUUUGUCGUUAACGCGGAAUUAAACAUGUUUUACUGAUAAAUCAAUAUCCGACGAUAGCUAUUGAAGAUUUGUACAUGGUGGUAAUAUUAAUUAUUCAUAGUGCAGAUUUUAUAAAAUUGUCACGCGUCAUGUAAUAGUUAUCGAUGUUUUUAAAUCACACGAACGCGGACAAGAAACGAAAACAAAAUGCUGAUUACACAAAAAACACACACUUAAACAAUCACAGAAACACACACACUUUUACGCAAACAAAGUUGAACACACAAGACACAAACACAGGACACAAGAGACACAAACACACACACACACACACUAAACACAGCAAGACGAAAACACGCUCGCACUAACGCAUUUGGCAAACCAAUUUUUGCUCAUUCAAUAUCUAUUAUGUACAUUUACAUUGUGUAAAUUAUAAAUUGUUGCAAGCCAGUGGAUGCUGAUGAUGAAUUUUCUGAGCGUGGCAGAGACGAAAGCAUAUUUUGAAAACUGAAAGUGCAAUUCAAAUGAAAAAUAUAACAUAAAUGCAUAAAAUACAGCAGUAGUGUUUAUUCAGUAUGUGGUGCUUUAAAUUUAAAAUCAACCGUACGCGGAGAAAAGAGACAUUCAAUUACUUAUAACCACGACACACAAACGCAGACACUCUCACUCCUGUUCUUAAACAAAAACCGAGGAAUGCAUAGAUCAAUUAUAGCUGGUAAUAUCGGAACCCGCCCCCUUUUGGCCCCUGAAAUGCAGAUCACUGACAAAUUACAAAUAAUUCUCUUCUCAUCGCAUUAUUGCUGGCUAAGUUUUUUGAUGGAUUUCUAAAAUUGAGCUGAUGCGCACAUAAUUUGAGGAAUAUACUUUGAUUACGUAACUUAAUUAAGACAGCAACGACGACAAUUGUUAAUGUAUAUAAGAUGAAAAAAACUAAUUCUCAGAGUUACAUGGUACCUUUACAGAAAUUUAAUCAGCCGGUCAAGAAAAAAUCUUUUCGAAACGGAGGAAUUAAAAAAAAAUGAGGAAGCGUGCAUGUGGAUCCGCGCCCCAAAUUUCCCUUCCCUGCUUUGACGUUUGAAAUUUGGAGGAAAAACUCGUUUACUCUCUCUGUGUGUGCAGACUCAUUCCUUUCUUGUAACCAGCCAUUUCUGUGAGCGAUUUAGGUUCAAAUUUAUGAGAACUGACAAACAUGUGAGCAAUACCGAAUCUGAUUGAGAACACGUGAGUACAGGGGCAGGUGCGAAACUAAACUCCUCUCGUAGAGCAGCUAACACGUAUCGGAGCUGGACUCUUUCACAAGUGCAUUUUCGUUGUUCUAAAAACAAAACCACGUGUGGCGCUCAAAUUCAACUUUUAUUACAUACGAGGUAACCAACCCCUUUUUGGAUAUUACACUGUUGUUGCAAAGUGCUAAUUUCAUAUGUAAAUAUUUACCUGUACAGAUAUACACACACUGACACAAACAAAAACUUCUCGAGACAUGCACUCGUGAAAAAGCGGCACAGUGCAAUCACAAUCAGAUACGGUAACAGUAGCGUGUAUGUACUGAACAUGUGCAAAAUUGUUGCAUUCUUUCACUCUGAUAUAUCGCAGAAAAAUGAUCACCUCUUGAUAUAUAAUAUAACUCCUCACUCUCCGUCAGCGAAAAAAGAACACACUGUAUUACCAUUGUUGAAAUUUGAUGAUCACUGUACAAAUAACACUUAUGUGACCGCGGCCCGGCAUUUUUUCGAGCAAAUCUGUGACUCGGCAUCCCCCCAACUCACUUACUCACUCCCCCCUUCAGUGCGUGUGCAAGAAUGCAAAAAAGUCUCGGUCUCCCUCGGAGCUCCCCCGAACCCCGAAAAACCGCCGCAAUCCACACGUAUACAUUUUAAGAUACGACAAAAGCAAAAGUUUGAUUCGCAUCGAGUGGACAAGAAGAAAGAAAGCAAGCAAGAUUGUGUGUUUAUAGUUUUUGCUGUGAAAAAGUGCGAGAGCGUUUGUUUGUUGAUGAUAGAGACACGAUGAGAUAAACUCUUGACGGUGAUGAUGAAUUUGCUCUUCAUCACUCACUACAAUUAUAGGACUACCCAGCAGCAAUCAUCAGCUCAAGGUAAAUGGGAAAAAGAUGAACUCGCAGCCGCUGCAGCGCGCGGUGGACGCAUAUUUUAGAUUUACCUGUCAUCUCAUUUACUAUAAAAAUAACGAUUGCAGUUGAAAUACAUAUAUACAAUUCCAUUGACACACGUAUAAGGAUUUGCGACGAUAAAAAGAAAACAAACGUACGAAGGAAAAUGGUUUCUUUUUUCGCUCUACAUCUUGCAGUAUUUUCCAUUCGUUUCCGGACAUCUCGUUUUUUAUAUUACAUCCAUGCGAUUGUACUAUAAUAUUAAUUGUUACUAAUAAUACUGUUAUUACAAGUACCUCAUUAAACAUGAGUGUUUUGGUUACUUGAAAACAGUCACUCUUUUUCUUAUUUACAUAUCCGCUUAGACGAAAGAAAAAUCAAACACGUAAUUGGCGCUGCAUCAAUUCCCAUCAUCGGACACUCCCCCAAAGAGCUUUGUCAUUUUUUAAAAAGUAUUUUACACGCCGUCAAAAGGGACAGCAUACUGCCAAAUCAGACGACAAUGCAUUUUAUAAAAAGUUAACAAUUAAAAGCAAAAAACUGUUUGUUGUGUAAGUCGAGACGAAAAGUCACACAUGAAGCACUGAUUCUCAACCCUUGAGUUGUUUUCUUUUCUCUUCAACUCUAAGAGCUUGGUGUUGCUGACACACAGACAGACACCAAGAGAAAAACUGAAUGAACACAAACAAACGAGAAACACGCAGCACUCUCUCUAUCUCUUCCUCUCCACUACAUGCAUAAAUACACACUUACACUCAAACACACACACUCUCUUAAACUUAAUUCAAGCUAAAUAAAUGUGUAGCUUUGACACUUUUGAAAGUUAUUUAUGUGUGUGAUCUAACUCUAUCGCUCGAUAUAAUAUAUUAUCUAGAUUUGCGACAAAAACUAAACAAUACUCGUGUAAAUAACUAAAGUUUGUAGUCUUCGUGUUUUUGAAUAUACAUUUGAAUACUACUAUAUAGUUGUAAUAAUAAAAAGUGGUGAUAUCCCGCGAAACUACGGCAUCUCAACAAAUGCGUGUUUUGUCAAAAGACGAGAGUAAAAUUUGAGGCACUCCGUGGAGCAAUGUGGUGGCGAAAUCAAUUCGUUUUAGCGUAGCUAACUUUUUAAGUCUGCUAGCUUUUGAACAAUUCAAUGUGUGAUUUUUACAUCAAAUUGUUAUACAUACGAUGACGAGAGAAAGGGGAAAAAGAAAAAAAAUACUUUUGCUUAAAUAACUUCCUUGGUGUCAAAGUCUUACAAAAGAGGAGACAAAAAUGUGGCGGCCGCGCACGUUGCUCGCGCGGCGUGCGCGUCGUUUUAAAUUCGCAACUUUGAACGAGAACACACAAACACGUACACACUUACACGCCUACACACUAGGAGAUGAUAUUCAUGAAAUUGCCUCAACACUCGAGUUAAUUAGUUUUAACGGCUAUGCUUAAUUACUCAUCGCCUCACUCGCCACUAAACCUCGCCCAUUAAACUCAUUAAACUUGCUUCAAGUGUUUCCUUCUGUAAAAGCAACUAAAUGACAUAAAAGUAAAUAUAUUUAAAAAAAAAAACGAAAUCCUUCCCAACAGUUUCUUUGUGACAAUGUGAAAUAUAAGCAACAGGGACUGCCCCAAAUUUCUUGACAAUCCAUGCUUAUAAGGAAAAAUGGCUUUACCUGUAAAGAGUUCUUGAUUUGUGGCUGGUUUCUUGUUGAAUUAUAAGUAGUAGUUCAGCGCGGAAUUAUACACUUUAAACGUAAAACACGCGAAAAGGAAAAACAAACAAUGUGAUCUGCAUUUUUGGAUUGUGUAACUUUUCUGGUUGGAUGUUUAAAAGAACGUAAUCUAGACUUUGUUUACAUUAAACCUAAUUAACAGAGUAUGUAUACAUUGUAACAUGUGAUUUAAAUAAAGUUUGUAAAAUUGACACGAUAAAAAAAACUAACGAACGAAUGAGAGAAAAACUGGAAACUAAAAAGCAGAAUAUAUCAAACGUUUGAGAAAUUAUUUAUAAGUAAAGCGAAACGAAACUGAGGAAAUAACCAACCAAUCACUGUGCAAAUCAAUUGCGCGAUCAUUAAUAAAUACGAAGCUCAAUUUUUAUCACCAUUUUGUUUACGCUUAAUUAAAUAAUUAAACCAUUUUUGACAACUAAUUAACCUGACACUGUAUCCCUCUGCUAAUUUCUUCGUCUGUUCUCUGUAUAAACGCCUAAAUAAUUGACUUGUGUGCCCUAAUUUCGAUUAAAUCCAUUCACGAUACUUAAUCAAUUAAAUCACUACUGCUACCUUCGAGAGUAACAAAUUAAUUAAACUAAAGUACACUCUAGUAGUGUCUCUUACGCAAUAAACUUUAACCACUCGCUCUUGUAGAAAAACUAAAAUUCUGAGGAAAGAAAGAACGUCUCGUAAAUACACACACGAUGAUAAUUUUCUAAUGCAUUAAAUAAUAAGAAAGAAUGUUUCAAACGACAAGACAUGACAAUUUUCUCGCCGAAUGAGAAUCAUGUAUGGUAAGAGUAUAGUACUUGCUACAAUAUAUUAUUACAUAUACACUUAAAAUAUAAGUUCUCCGAGUGUGUGUCUCUCUGACGGUGAUUGAAGAACACGCAGACACUCACUCGCACGGAUACACACGCGCGCGGACUUGGACGCCCACUUUGUAAUGAUGCUAAGAUAGGAAGACGAACCCGUUUCUGUUCAAAUCAAUCAAUCAAUCGAUCGAAUCGUUGCAACAGCAGCAGCAGCGCGCGUGACUUUAUUUUUUAUAGAAGAGGGAAUUGUACGGAAAAUGGAUUCGAGAAUCGAGAACCCAACUCAAGACUUGCUUUAUUUCCCUUUCAAAGUGCCAAAAAUGAGGUGUAUACCGUAUGAUUUUCCCCCCAAGAAGCUGCCAAUCUGCCUGGAUUCGGUUUGGAGGCGAGCAGACCCGCUAGUUCCAAGCCAACGCCGGCAAAAGAGUAGAGUUAAAAUUUGGUGCUGGAUGCUGGAUUGCGUAAUUUAAUUAAAAGACAAUUUUAAAUAUGUUAAUCUAGAGUUUCGUUUAAGCCGCAGCUAAAUAGAACUGCUAAUUUCCUCCAGAAAAGAAAACAACAACCCAAGAGACGACGUUUGAUUUUGUAAUCAUGCUCGAUUCGAUAGAAAUUCAGUCACUGUUUCGAACGCUCAUUGAGUUGGUCAUAAACUGAGCAGUUGCAUUUGGCAGGUGGUGAUGCUUGUUGCUCAAAUUUAGUCCAGAUAUAUUAGAAUAAACAAAGAUGAAACUAUGGAAUAUCUGUUAUACCUUAGCUUGUAAAAGAAAAACGCGUGUUCUCUGAUUGCUUUGCACAAAAGGAAGAAAAGCGAAGAACAAACAAAAAGCCGAACUCAAUCCCUCAGCACACACAAAGACACACACACACACUCACACCCUGGACUCACUCAGCCGCGGUGCAAGCUUCGUUGCACUGCCCUAUGACAAUUAUAAAUUCCAUCUAUCAUCAUUACAAAUUGUAAUAACCUUUCGCUCUUGUAAUGAUUUUUCUUUACUCCUUUGCUUGUGACCUCAUUUCUCACCGCAUUUAAAUAUUUUCCUGAACCCUACUGCAUAUCGUUAACAAAACCUGAUGAUGAAUUUUUUCCUUUUGUAAGACUAAAACGUAAAAGAGUAUUAUACAUGCAAUUAAAAUUUGAUAAGAAUAAAAAUCUUUUUUGCACAAAGUAAAUAACGACAGCUUUAUUUUAAAGAAGAUAAUAAAGAUAAAAUAAAACGAUGACAUUGUUAAAGAUUGUUUGUUGUGUUAAAAAAAUAAAAAUCGAUUGUUGAUUA